GGACUGUAUGAGAGUUUGCGUGGCAUCGUUUGGAUGCUUGGACGGUUUUCUCACUUGACUCUUGAUAAGUUACUAAGAUGAACCUGGCUCAAUCCUGUCACCUCUCACUGCUCCUUCUGCUUGUUGUAAACCUAACAGGUGUGUACGGGCAGAGAAUCAUCGGUGGCACACCGGUACAACCCUACGACAUCAAGUAUCAGGCCUCCCUCCUGUUCAGGAACUACCACUUCUGUGGAGGCACCCUCAUCCACCGGCAGUGGGUGGUGUCUGCUGCCCACUGCUGGAGACCGAAGCACAUGAUCAAAGUGGUCCUGGGUGAGCACCAAAUCGGCAAGAAUGAUGGCUCUGAGCAGCGGUUCACUGUCUCCUUAGUCAUCAGGCACUACCAGUACCAACACUGGACGUUUAACAAUGAUAUCAUGCUGCUUAAGUUGGACCGUCCAGCUAUCAUCAACGACAUGGUCCAGCUGGCUUCUUUGCCAGACCUGAACUCACCGCCCUUGGCCGACUUUGCCCGAUGCACAGUCAGCGGCUGGGGUGUGACCUCGCUCAACUCCUUCAAGCUGUCAUCUGUACUGAGGUCUGUGGAUGUGGACAUCUUUAACAAGUGCUGGUACUACUACUACUUCAGGAUCACAGAUAACAUGAUCUGUGCUGGCUCGCGCCUUGGUGGGAAAGACUCCUGUCAGGGUGACUCAGGAGGACCUCUUAUUUGUAACGGUAGAUUGGAGGGCGUUGUAUCUUGGGGCAUUGGCUGUGCCUAUGCUUACUACCCUGGCGUCUACACCAAGGUCAGAAACUACCUCGACUGGAUGAAGUGGAUCACCCAGAGCACCGAAUGAGACUCUUAAAAAACAAGCUCACCUAAGACUCUACUGUGAUGAAGAUUUUAAUGGAUCCUAAUGGACCCAGAGCCCUCAAUAGAUAUGUUUGUCGUCUUUUAUACAGUACUUUUACAUAUAUGAAUAUAUUUGCGUAACAAACACCCCAUGAGUAUGAACUCAUUAAACCACACAGGUAAAAAUACACAGUGAAGUUAUGUUGUUUUUUAACCACUUAGUGAAUAUCACCUGAGAGAGCAGACUUGGGUUAUUAUGAAAUAAAUGUCUGUUAUAAACUACUAUGACUAAAUGCACUUUGUUUUUUAUAAUUAUUCUACUGUGUUUGUAGUGUUUUCUAGAUAUGAUGUAAAACCAUGUUGCAGAUUUUGAGGAUCAUUUCAGGGAUCAUUUUGGUCUUUGAAGCCUCCAUUUCUCCACUGACUCAGAGCUCAAAUAGAAG